AUGAAGAUGAGAUUGAGGAGAUGGACAGAGCGAAGGAAGCCAGCAAGCACAGCUGGACUCUAGAAGAAGACACACGGUUGCAAAAGCUGUUCAACACCAUCAAUGCGUCGGAGGAGAAGCAUGUUCUCGAGGCCAUUAUGGACGAGUUGGAUGGUAGUAGAGGCGAGAUGAUG